AUGUUCGCGGCACACCUAGAAUUCUUCGCGGCACACCAGUGUGCCUCGAAGAACGAUAUGCCUAACAGUUGCCGCGGCACACCAUUAAAAGUAUUGUGCAGUCGUAGUUGGCCGUCCGUAUGUUGCCAUAGUGACCUAUCUCUGACCAAUUACGAAUCAGGUUAUUUGGUUCAGGUCAACGAGUCAGCCAAUAGGAAUGCGCGAAUGCUCUUACCUGGAAAGGCAGUCUUCUGCAGGAAUGAAGAUUUCAAACAUAUGUGCGUGUCGAAGAAGAUGGUCGUUGAUCACAAUCCAUUUCUCAUUAUGCAGGCUCUCGAGAAGGUGUUAACACACGUGAGUCCGGCCAAGCCAACGAGGAAGGGUCAGGGUGGCAAACAACAUCAACAACAACAGCAUUCAUCCCAGCAACAAUUCACUCCAUCACGAACGUCAUCACACAACGACACCACAACCAACAACUCAUUCAACGAACAAUCCUCUCUCUUUCAGGACACGUCAACCACUAACAACAACAACAACGAUAACGACAACGAUGACGAUAAUGUAGAUAACAACAACAACAACAGUAAUAAUGAUAACAUUAAUGAUGUCAUGGCCGGUAGUUGUAUUACCAAGCAAGGAGCUUACAGCACUAACCUACUCGGUGUAUUCAACGUUGGUUACGGUGUAGAAGGAUGUGGUAGUGUCAAUGAGGUAGAGUUUGUUGCUGUCGAAAAUAUAACUUCCACACAUUCCAGCAAUCUGUUUAGCUCUGAAAUCAAUGCUUAUGACAUUAACAAUGCUAACAGCAAGAACGACAACAAAAAUGUCAAUGCUGAUUACAGCAAUCCCAACUUCAACAACGCCAACGGCAACUUGUAUUACAUUUCAUCUGACAACAAUAACAACAACGGUUUUAACGGCUGUCAGUCGCAAGAGUACAACAACAACAACAACAGCAACAACAACAACAACAUUGUUAAUGUGAAUAACAACAACAACAGCUGUGCAACUGUCGUAGAGACAGUUAAGUUGAGAAAUUGUAGGCCUCUUGGUCUACCGUGCAGAGCAACGUCAGCAAGAGUCAUCAGCAACAAUAGCGACGACACCUACGCCAGCAUCUACACCACAGAUCUACCCCACCACCACCACCACCACAACAACAACAACAACAAUAACAACAACAACAACAACGCCCUCUUAAACAACAAACGACAACCAAUCAUAUUAGAGGAUUGGAUGGGCACCUUUGCCCCUCUGGCCAGCCCUGAAACGCUAUCAGAAACUUCAAGCUUGGCAAGUUGCGGGGGUGGUGACGUCAGCAUGACGACCGUCACCAACUUCCCCAACCUUGCCCACCGUGGGGACAGCAUCAAGAGGUUGUCUUCUGGUUCUGCCUAUCAGAGAUUGGUCUCUCGAAUUGACCCCAUCAAACAGUCACCUCUGGUUCAGGUCCAUUCUUUCAGUAAGGGUGGUACAGGUUGUGUAAGCGGCGUUUCAGCUGGUGGUGCCGGUAGUUUGGUCGAUGCUGGUGUUGUAAAUGCAGCAGACGUUAGUAUUGCUGCUGGCCACAACAGUCCUGAACAUCUCUCCAAUAGCGACGUUCUGAGUGGUAUCACCCACUUCAAGAAGGUUGAUAACGUAGAUGAUGGGAGCAGUGCAUCUGGGAGCUUGCUGGUCUUCAAGAGUCCCGACAAGAACCUCGUCCUCAACUUGAAGGUCUACCCCAGGCAGAGGGAUUCCUCGCUUGCCUCUGAUGACCGCAGGUCAACGACGAAGGAUGCAAAACACCAAGAAGAUUACACGAGAUACACCUCACCUAGUCGAUCGAACUACAACGUCAACAACAUCAACAGCAGCAAACGCAAUGGCAUCUAUGAUGAGAUUGGAGAUGUCGUUGAUGACUCAUUACAGUUGCAGGGAUGUGCCGACCAGUUCAAACUCGCAUCCGCUGAACUGGAUGCUCCGAACAUCAAAAAGAAUAACAUUGCCAACAACAACAUUGCCUACAACAACAGCAGCAGCUGCAACAACAACAACAACAACAGCAUUGACUGCAACAACAGCGUCCAGCCAUACACGGGCAAACGUUAUCGAACGGACAGCCUCUACGACUUCAUCCCGGACAACAACUGCAUGGACGUUGGCGAAGCGACGAUGUUUACCACAAAUGUUAACUCGGAUGAUUGUUACUUCCGACAACAGAGUAAAAAAAUUGUUGUCGAUGAUUUCAGUUCUUUGUUGGGUGAUAAUAAAAACGAUCUUGUUGACAAACAGUUUAAGAGAAGCGUAAGAGAAAGUGAUGAUUAUGAUGAAGUUUUGUUUGAAGAUUAUAAGUUAACGAAGCCAUCAUGUAAAACGGCAGCUGCAAUUGCGACUUCCUCAGCGUCGGCUUCUUCAACAUCAUACGCCAACAGUAACAAGGACACUUUAAGUUGCAGCGAUCGAGAUUUGAUGCAGUUCUCGACAACAACUGACCAGCAGCAACAACAGCAACCACAACAGCCACGAUGUCAACAGCAGCAGACAGGCAUCAACGAACCAGUGUAUGCUCAGAUCAAACCGAAACAAGAAAGAAAUAAAAUGAAAACUCUCAUAAACAUCCACAAUAAUGAAACACAUGGAAUUUCCAACCCGCCUAUAAAUAGCACAAACCUCAUCCAAGCACACGAGACCGUUGUGGGUAUUCCCUGUAGAAAUCUCCACCAGAAGAACAGAAUCUUUUUGGAAGAUGAUAACUAUGAAGAGAUAACAACUGUUUUUGAUAAAAACCUCCAGGUCAACAACCUCGAUGACCUCAGUAGUGAUCUUGACCUAGACAAUGAAGGUCAAAUGUUGUAUGACCUGGUUAAUGGGCAUUAUUCUUACGGGGGGAGGGGUUACCCACAUGGGUUCAUCCGUCCACCGUUAUCACUACUAUCAUCAUCUGCGCUGCCAAAGUUUCCACAUGCUAAGGGUAAUAGGAAUAAGUGUAUUGCUAUGGCAAUUGAUGACAACAUGGAAGAUAAUGUUGAUAUAUUUUGA